AUGGUUAAGGCUGUUGCUGUCCUCCGUGGUGACGCCAAGGUCGCCGGCACCGUCACCUUUGAGCAGGCUGACGAGAGCGCCCCUACCACCAUCUCCUGGAACAUCACCGGCAACGAUGCCAACGCCGAGCGUGCUUUCCACGUUCACCAGUUCGGUGACAACACCAACGGCUGCACCUCCGCUGGCCCUCACUUCAACCCCUUCGGCAAGCCCCACGGUGCUCCCACUGAUGCGGACCGUCACGUCGGUGAUCUUGGCAACUUCAAGACCGAUGCUGAGGGUAACGCCAAGGGUGCCAUGCAGGACAAGCUCGUCAAGCUGAUUGGCGCCGAGUCCGUCCUGGGCCGCACUCUCGUCGUCCACGCCGGUACUGAUGACCUCGGCAGGGGUGGCAACGAGGAGUCCAAGAAGACCGGUAACGCUGGUCUUCGUCCCGCCUGUGGUGUCAUCGGUAUUGCCGCUUAA